AGCGCUAACUGUACCGACCGUACACCGUACCACGACGUCGUGCGUAUAGAGUCAGUCUUAAAGGGCCCCUAAACCACGCAGAGGUCGAAAUUUAAUUGUGGCGUUGCAGUUGUGCACGAGUCUACUGCGAACGCUGGCGGAAUUGCACGCGCUUUGUCGUUUCGCUCUUUCCAUCGCUAGGCUGUGUUCGUCGGCUCGUCUAUCCACCUCUCCGAGUGCCCUUCCUCAGCGUCCGUGGUGAAAGCGCAAGAAGCCAAGAAGCGCGGGCAUCUGCUAGCAGAAAACAGGCUCUUGUUCGCCCAUUGACAGCGUCUCUUGCUCGAGACGUCACCUAAUCAACCUAAUCAUACAGGCAAUGGGCGAACAAGAUCCUGUUUUCUGCUAGCAGAUGCCCGCGCUUCUUGCGCUUUCACCACGGACGCUGAGGAAGGGCACUCGGAGAGGUGGAUAGACGAGCCGACGAACGCAGCCUAGCGAUGGAAAGAGCGAAACGACCAUGGUGUAAGAAAAAUAAUUAUUUUUCUUACACCGUGGAAACGACAAAGCGCGUGCAAUUCCGCCAGCGUUCGCAGUAGACUCGUGCACAACUGCAACGCUACAAUUGAGGAGCACGCGAGCGUCUGUUGGUGGUUUAGGGGCCCUUUAAACUUUACGCUAGCUAGCUGCUUAGACUGAACUUUACGGCAGCCAUGUGGUGGAUUUUUACUCUCUGUGUCGGGUUAUAUGUCGGACGAUACCACCUCAACGCUAUUGAAUUCGAGAUGCAGGGGCUCAACUCAGAGCUGUGUAUUGACGCCUUCUACAAGGCCACGCUGGACACUCUAGCUCCGGAUCAAAGGAGAGAGGUUGGGUACGCCAUUGCACACGCGUUGAGCGUCCAUUUGAGAGAGAUAUUUGGCAGUUCUGUUCGGCAUAUUGACCUUGCACCAUACGUCUGCUUUGAGGACAGUUUGUGCCCGCCAGAAUACCGUUGUAUUGAAAACACCUGCAUUCCCCUGUACGACCAUCUGCAUGGGAUUCGGAAGGAGCCGAAAGUAGAGCUACGGCUCCACAACAUUGAUGAGGAGAGAAAUCAGUUGUACCACUUUAUUCAGCGUCCAUCACUGCUGAAAUGCCCCCAGGGACAAGUCCUGAAGAAUUGCUCUGCAGAUGCGGACUUCUCAGAUGAAAAUGCAGUUAAGAGCACCGUCGUGCCCGCGUUGGUCAUGCUGGUCAUAAUCCUGGUUCUGGCAACAGUGCCACAACGGCGCAACAUUUUCUUGCACGAUGUUGACAUUCAAAAUGAUGACCUCUUUAUACCAGAAAUCUGGAGACCGGACAUGGAAGAUGACGAUUGGCCACAAGUGGCAGAACUUUCCGGCUCCAACGAUAGCAGCCGAGUAAGUCUCGGUAGUUUAGUCGAGGAGCCUGUCUUCGACUGGGGCAGAGUAGGGGACCAUUUUAUCGCAUGACCACGUUUUGACAUGCAACAUGGUGCCAGACAGGAUGCCCACCGCUUCCAGAGUACGACAGAUGUUGGACUUCGUUGUGACGCAUUCCUGCAGCCUCAGGGGUGGAAGUGCUGCGCCAAUGCGCUUCUGCUGCGCCAUCCUGCUCCAAAACGCAUUAUUGCGCCAAAACUGCUCCCAAGCGGUCUUUGGUGCAUGGCCUCCGCGAUGGGCUCCGGUGCGCUGCCGGAACCGAUCACCGAGGCUACGUUUGGUGCCUUCAUCUGCCGCUGUCAUCCGUGUCAUGGCGCGCCCAAGCGAGCUUAUAUCAUUAUAUCAUCAUCACAUCACUUGGAGCGCUCUCGCGACCUUGUCGAAGGCGCAAAAAACCUAGCGAACAAGAAAGUGAGUUGUACAGCCAUAUUUCGAUUGUGACGCCGGCGGCAGCGGAGUUUUUUGGCGCGCUGCGCGCACGAGGCGGUUGUUGUCAUCGUGGCCUGGGAUUGCGAACAUGAAUAAAAGUAAGUGUGUUGACGCUUCAUGAGGUCGAAAAGGUUCUAUUUACUGCGAAUAUUUAAUUUGAUGUGAAGCCAUGAAGAUAGUGCGAGCAGCUGCCGCGAACGUAAACGCGCGACCAUUAUUAGAAACUUUGGAUAAAGGAAACCACUGUAUAGCUGAAUGUGUAAUAUGGAUUUUGUUUCUUAAGUCUGCGUGAAAACGAAGAAUUUGUUUUAUCCGUUUGCGGUCACUGAAGCCACUACCAACUGCGAAAUCACUCACAGGGCUUCGGUUUGUGUAAGUCGGUUGGACCAUUUCAAAAACUAGAUUUUUUUUUUUUAGCGAGAGCAUGCCUCUCUAUGUGCAGAAUUUGUUGCAUUGCACACAAGCCCUUAGACGUUAUAAAUGCAGCAUGUAAACGCGCUCGUGCAGCGAUGAGCUUAUAGUCUCGCUAGUGCGAUCGGUCACGUUGUUCGAUUUUGGCUCGUCAGCACCUGCGCUCGGCUCGUGGUCGAGUACGCUGUAGCUCGUACCAUCCGCAGCACAACAUGACAUGCCGCUCGCCGCCGUGGCUGUGUGUGACUUGGUACAUGAGGUGGCGAGUGAAGAAAUAUACAAAAAAAGAACAAGAUAGACACUUGGAAGUUGGAACGUUUAUUACUGAAAAGACGAAUGUGAGGUAGUACGAAAACAGAACCACGGGAUACAAAUUGUGCACUUGCGACAUCUAGUAUCAUCGCACCUCAAGUGCCAUAUUUGCGUGCAUAUAACCGACACCAAUAAUUGACAAAUCUUGGAACUUAAGGGAAAAGGUGGAAGCGCGUGGCGCAAUUUUUGGCACGAUUUACGCGCGUUUGGAGGGACGCGCGCAUUUUUUGACGAACGCCUUCGCGAAAUCGCGCUGUUGCGUCCCGAAUGGCGACUGACGCGUGGUCGGAGGGUCGCGCGCGUCAUUUUGAUGAACGCUAUCUCAAAAAUCGCGCCGCCGCGUCUUCCUACUCGAAGUAGAAAAGACAACGCCUCGCGCGGCUCAUCGCCGGGCGCUCGUCCGAGAAGUGGAGUUUAGGGCGCAGACGCGUGUUUGUUUGGUUUCUUCCAAUGCCUCCAGACUGCGCUGACUGCGCAUUUCGAAGGAACUUUUUGAAGCCGGCGUAGGAUUUUGACGAAAAUGCAACCCGGCAAACGCGGCGCAAAAACGCCGCUGCUGAAAAACGUUCAUUACCAUUUUCAUUUGUCAGUCUAGUCAAGUGUAGCUAUUCAAAACAUCGCUGAUCUCGUUUUCCUGAGUCAUUGCUCCAUUACAGCUGUGAUGUUUUAAUGAUAACACGUACGCGCGUGUGUGUAUAUAUAUCAUUUGUUUAAGUGCUGUUGGUUCAUCAAUAUUGAAUGUUUUCUAAAAUCGUUGGAAUUUGUUGUGUUUACCAGAAAUAAAAAUUAACAAUGAUGUUCGACCCUACA